UAGCUCGUACGUACGAUGGCCGGUUAUCCAUACCAUUCCCCACCACCACCGCCUUCACCACCUUGUAAUGGCACAACUUCUCCAAUACUUCCCCCUCCACCUCCGCCUCCACCGCCUUCACCACCGUGUAAUACUACUACUACUCCAAAGCUCCAACCUCCACCACCACCAGCAUGCACAUGUAACAAUCUCCCACCCCCAACUUUGCCAUCACCACCGCCACCAUCUCACUACUAUCCACCAGUACAUUCACCGCCGCCCCCAUCCCCAUCACAUCCGUCACCCCUAUCACCACCACCACCACCCUUUAAUUAUUCCCCACCUGUACUUCCACCGACUUCAUCGCCAUCACCACCACCACCAUCACCACCUUCAUCUUACUUUCCCUCACCACAACCUACACCAUCACCUCCUUCGCCUGACUACUCACCACCACCACCAUCACAAUCACCAUCUCCUUGGGCAAUCCCCCCUAAUCAUUAUAAUUCAAUUUCUCCGAAUUAUUAUGAUUCAAUUGCACCAGGACCCCAGUUUGCGUCUCCUAGCAAUGGCCAACGCACAGCUAUUGUUACCGCCUUUGUCUCCCUAGGUGGUGUAUUUUUUCUUGCAUUUAUUGUAAUUGGGCUGCUUUCCAUGGCCAUGAAGAAGAAACUACCAAGAUGGCCUAGGAGGGGUCAACCUGAUUCUCCUGUAGAAAGACAAGAAAAUGUUCACAAUUUUGAGCGCAUCCCGCCAGGCAAACCCACUGAGCACAGGAUUGAAGUGGUCGAUGAUGAUCCAGACCGGAAACUAGUUGAAAGUUCAAACGUCCAAAGGGUGGCUCCUCCAGAUGAAGGUGCUGGUCACACUGUGGAGCAAGCUUUACAUCAAACCAGUAACCCAAGUGGGACCGACAAGAUGAGUUCGGAUACAAAGCUGAGCAAGCCUCCCGGUGAAGAAAGUGUUACGGACAACAUGGAUGCUUCUGAGGAUGCAGAUAAAGGAAAAUUAGAGGGUAACUGCAAGCCUCUUGAUGAUGACCACAGUGUAACAGACAAUGCAGAUGCAUCGCCAGAGGUGGAGAAAGAAUCCAACGAAGAUGGAAAAGAAUCAAAUGACUCCAGAAAGAAACUGCGCCUACCUAAGAAGAAAAAGAACGGAAAAGAAAAGCAUUCUGGGGUCGGUCAAGCUCUAAAGGCUGCAGGUACUUUGGAUCUAGAUGAGGCUGAACAAUCUCAAGAUGGUGACAACGAUGAAGAGCAAGUAAAUGAAUCUAAAGACAACACAGAUGCUCCUGAAGAUGCAGAUGAAGGAAAAUUAGACAAAGGCAACAGCAAGCCUCCCGGUGAAAAAAGUGUGACUCACAACAUGGAUGCUCCUGAAGAUGCGGAGGAAGGAAAAUUAGACGAGGGCAACAACAAGCGUCUUGAUCUUGAUGACCAUAGUGCGACUGACAAUGCAGAUGCAUCUCCAGAAGUGGAGAACGAACCCAAUGAAGUUGGAAAAGAACAAAAUGACGCCAAAAAGAAACUGAGUUUACCCAAGAAGAAAAAGAAGGGAAGAGAAAAGCAUUCUGGAAUCAGUCAACAACUUUUAAAGGCGUCAGGUACUUUGGAUCUAGAUGAGGCAGAACAAUCUCAAGAUGGUGACAACGAUGAAGAGCAAGUAAAUGAAUCUAAAGACAACACGGAUUCUCUUGAAGAUGCAGAUGAAGGAAAAUUAGACGAAGGCAACAGCAAGCCUCCCGGUGAAAAAAGUGUGACUCACAACAUGGAUGCACCUGAAGAUGCGGAGGAAGGAAAAUUAGACGAGGGCAACAGCAAGCGUCUUGAUGACCACAAUGCGACUGACAAUGCAGAUGCAUCUCCAGAAGUGGAGAACGAACCCAAUGAAGUUGGAAAAGAACCUAAUGACGCCGAAAAGAAACUGCGCUUACUCAAGAAGAAAAAGAAGGGAAGAGAAAAGCAUUCUGGAAUCAGUCAACAACUUCUAAAGGCUGCAGGUACUUUGGAGGCAGAACAAUCUCAAGAUGGUGACAACGAUGAAGAGCAAGUAAAUGAAUCUAAAGACAACACGGAUGCUCCUGAAGAUGCAGAUGAAGGAAAAUUAGACGAAGGCAACAGCAAGCCUCCCGGUGAAAAAAGUGUGACUCACAACAUGGAUGCUCCUGAAGAUGCGGAGGAAGGAAAAUUAGACGAGGGCAACAGCAAGCGUCUUGAUGACCACAAUGCGACUGACAAUGCAGAUGCAUCUCCAGAAGUGGAGAACGAACCCAAUGAAGUUGGAAAAGAACCAAAUGAUGCCGAAAAGAAACUGCACUUACCCAAGAAGAAAAAGAAGGGAAGAGAAAAGCAUUCUGGAAUCAGUCAACAACUUCUAAACGCUGCAGGUACUUUGGAUCUAGAUGGGGCAGAACAAUCUCAAGAUGGUGAUGAAGAGCAAGUAAAUGAAUCUGAAGACAACAUGGAUGCUCCUGAAGAUGCAGAUGAAGGAAAAUUAGACGAAGGCAUGCCUCACGGUGAAAAAAGUGUGACUCACAACAUGGAUGCUCCUGAAGAUGAAGAGGAAGCAAAAUUAGACGAGAGCAACAGCAAGCGUCUUGAUGACCACAGUGUGACUGACAAUGCAGAUGCAUCUCCAGACGUGGAGAAAGAAUCCAAUGAAGUUGGAAAAGAACCAAAUGACGCUGAAAAGAAACUGUGCUUACCCAAGAAGAAAAACAAGGGAAGAGAAAAGCAUUCUGGAAUCAGUCAACAAAUUCUAAAGGCUGCAGGUACUUUGGAUCAAGAUGAGGCAGAACAAUCUCAAGAUGGUGACAACGAUGGAGAGCAAGUAAAUGAAUCUAAAGACAACACGGAUGCUCCUGAAGAUGCAGAUGAAGGAAAAUUAGACGAAGGCAACAGCAAGCCUCACGGUGAAAAAAGUGUGACUCACAACAUGGAUGCUCCUGAAGAUGCGGAGGAAGGAAAAUUAGACGAGGGUAACAGCAAGCGUCUUGAUGACCAUAGUGCGACUGACAAUGCAGAUGCAUCUCCAGAAGUGGAGAACGAACCCAAUGAAGUUGGAAAAGAACCAAAUGACGCCGAAAAGAAACUGAGCUUACCCAAGAAGAAAAAGAAUGGAAAGGAAAAACAUUCUGGAAUCAGUCAAGUUCUGAAGGUCGCAGGUACUUUCGAUCUAGACAAGGCUGAACAAUCUCAAGAUGGUGAUAACAAUGAAGAGCAAGUAAACAAAUUGGAACAGAGCGUGACUGACAACAUGGAUACUCCUGAAGAUACAGAUGAAGGAAAAUUAGACGUGGGCAACAUCAAGCCUCCCAGUGAAAGAAGUGUUACUGACAACAUGGAUGCUGUAGAUGAAGGAAAGUUAGACGAGGGCAACAGCAAGCCUCUUGAUGACCACAGUGUAACAGACAAUGCAGAUGCAUCUCCAGAUAUGGUGGAAGAAUUCAACGAAGUUGGAAAAGAAUCAAAUGACUCCAAAAAGAAACCGCGCCUACCCAUGAAGAAAGAGAAGGGAAAAGAAAAAUAUUCUGGAAUCAGUCAAGUUCUAAAGGCUGCGGGUACUUUUGAUCUUGGUGAGGCAGAACAAUCUCAAGAUGGUGACAACGAUGAAGAGCAAAUAAAUGAAUCAGAACAUCGGGAUGAUGGCAAAGAAUUGAUUUCGGGUGGUUCAAAUAAUGCAGAUGAAAAAGUAGAACAACCUAAUGCAGAUGAACAAGAACCAGACGAGCUCCAUGGUAAGCCGCCCAGUCACCAUACAAACAACGCAGAUUUUGCUCAAGAUGUGGAGGAAGGAUCUAGUCCAGUUCAAGACAAAUCAAAGGACUCCAAAAAUAAAUUGGGCCUACCCAAGAAGGAAAGUUCUCGGAGUAGCAGCAGUGUGAAGAAGGGAAAAGAAAAGACUUCUCAAAUCUGUGAAGUUCUGAAUACUGCAAGUAAUUUUGAUCUGGAUGGGGCAAUAGAAUCACAAGAUGAUAACAAUGACGCCGCAGAAGUACAAAGAUUGGAAACUCAUAACCAUAACGAAGAAUUGAAUUCGAGCGGUUCAAAUAAUGCAGCUGAGGAAGUAGAGCCUCAAUCUAAUGCAGAUGAAGAUGAAUUAGAUGCGCAUCACCACAAGCCGCUUAAUAACCAAAGUGAAAAUGACGAUGGAGGUGCUGCUCAAGAUGUAGAGCAAGAAUCUAAUGCAGUUGAAGAAGAAUCAAAUGGCCGCAGCCACAAGCCUCUCAAUAACCAAAGUGAGACUAAUAAUGAAGGUGCUACUCAAGACGUGGAGAAAGCACAUGCAGCUGAAAACGAUUCAACUGACUCCAAAAGAAAAUCGCGGACCCCUAAGAAGGACAAAGCUUCGAGUAGUCGUGGUCAUCCGCAAGGAAAAAUACAACAUUCCAGAUUUGAUCAAGUCUUGAAUGCCACAGGCAAUAUUUAUCCAGAUGGAGCAGCACAAUCUCAAGAAGAUGACAACGACGAAGCAGAAGUGCAAGAAUUGGAAUUCCAGCAUGAUGGCGAAGAAAUGAAUUUAGGUGGUUCAAAAAAUGUAGAUGAAGGAGUAGAGCGUCAAUCUGAUAAACAUGAAAAAGAAUCAGAUGAGCAUCAUGGCAAGCCUCUCAUUAACCAAAGUGAGUCUGAAAACACAGAAGCUGCUCAGGAUGUGGAGAAAGAACCACAUGAAGGUAAAGAGAAACCAUAUGGUUUAGAACAAAAAUCAUAUGAAUCAGAAGAAAGGUCGUUGCAGACGAAAAAUCCUUCUGGUCGUCCGAGUGGAAAACAGAAGCCUUUCAAAUUCGGUCAAGCUUUGAAUAUCCCAAGUAAUGUUGAUCUAGAUGGAGCUGUAAAAUCUCAAGAGGAUGACAACCGCAAAGCAGAAGUACAGGAGUCAGAACCACAAGAAGAUGGCGGAGAUUUGAAUUUGGGUGGUCCAAACAAUGCAAAUGAAGAGGUCGAGCUUCCAUCUAAUGUUGAUGAAGAAAUAUCAGAUGGGCCCCUCUGUAACGAAAUUGAGAGUGACGACAUAGAGGUUACUCAAGAUGUGGAACAACAAUCUGAUGCAGUUAAACGAAGAUUAAUCAACCCAAAAGAGACAUUCUUCCAGAAGAAAAAGCAUUCUAGUCGUCUUACUGGAAAACAAAAGGCUUCCAUAGUUGGUCAAGUUUCGAAUGCCGCAAGUAAUGUUGAUCUAGAUGGGGGAGUGCAAUCUCAAGACAAUGAUACUGAUGAAGUAGAGGUGCAUGAACCAGAACCCCAAAACGAUUUCGAAGAAUUGGAAGUCGGUGCGGCAAAAAAAGACCCGCGUGGGCAACAAACUCCUACUCGAGCAAGGAGUAGAGAAGAGCCUUUGAAUCUUGAGCAACUUAUAAGUACCGCUAGUGGUAAUGAUUCCAGCACGGCAAUGGUUUCUUUGGACAAUGAAGAAGGCAUAGUUGAAGAAUUAGAUCCAUUUGCUAGUGCUCGAGGAGGUAAACAGGCUUUGAGUGAAGCUAAGGUUCCCGACCUUACCCAAAUUUUGACUGUCACAAAUGUUGAUGAUUCGAGUGAGGAAUUAAAGUCUGUUGGUGGUGACGAUUACAAAAAUGACAAAGCAAAAGCACAUGAAUUGAAAUUUGGUGGUUCAAAGAAAGAUUCGCGAGGCCGCCAACAUCGUACUCAGGUACGAGAGGAAGUAAAGCUUUUUAAUCUUGAAAAAAUUGGGACUGCCGCAAGCGGUAGUGAUCCGGCCAAGGCACUGGUUUCUCUUGACGAUGAAGAUGACAGAGUACAAGAGUCAGAACCAAUUGCCUCAAAUGUAGAUUCAUACUUCCGACAACCACUUUCUAGUGCUCGAGGAAUUGACCAGUCUCCCAAUCUUGUCCAAAUGUUAACCGCCACAAUUGAUAAUAAUGAUCCAAAUGUGGAAUUGAAGUCUCUUGAAGAUGGCGAUUACAAAGGCAAAAAAGCAGAAGUAUAUGAGUUGAGCAAAGACUCGCGAAGAAUCAAAGGUCAUACUAUGGGUGCUCGAACAAGAAUAGAGCCUCCUAAUCUCGACCAAAUUGUGACUGCCAGAAUUGGUGAUGAUCUAGGCAAAGGAUUGGAGUCUCUUGGAGGUAACCAGGAAGGAGAAUCAGACAAAGAUGGCUCAAAUAAAGAUGUGCCCGGCUCCGGUCAGACUAAUAGAGGAACACAACAGCUUCCCAAUCUUGUCCAAAUUCUGACUGCCACAAAUGAAGGUGAUCCAAAUCCAGAACUGGAAUUUUGUGAGGAUGACAAAGAAUUGGAAUCAGAUUCAAACAAAGAUUUGAGCAUCCAAGAACCUUCUCCAGGCGAAAUAGAGCCUUCAACAGAUGAUCAAAGUGUGUUAGUGAGUGUUGAUGAUGAUCCAGACGUGCUACAAUUUCAUGACAAUGAGUAUGACGAAGAACAAGCUGAAUCAAAUAAAGAUGGUCGCACUGGAAAGCCUCUUUCUCGUCCUCCUACCACUAGUCUCAGAGGAAAAAGAAGAGACUGAUUCAAGUCUGCUAAAUGCUGUUGUCGUUGCCCAAUCUUCCAUCAAGUGGUUCACAAGCUCAAAAGGGAUGCAUAAUUUCGUGUGAUUCAGGUUCGUCUUCAACCUUGUUUUACUUCAUUUUCAACUCUAAUAAAUCAACAAUGUUGUUCUCACUGGUAGAUGGUUUGCAAUCAUGUACUUUUAGUUUGUAUACCCUCUUGCCUAAUCUCUCAGUUCUCUUUGUUGGGUUGUCGGCUUGGGGCCUUGUUCAAGUUAGUGUUCAGUAUUUGUUGGGCUUGAUCUGUGUAAUUAAUUUCAUGACUUGAAUUUCA